UUUUGAUUUGCUCCAACGUGUGCAGUAGGCAUCAACAUGCAACCGGAGUUGGGACUUUUAGUAAGCCUUUUAUUGGCAGUAGUAGCUGUAAGUUCGCAGAGAACGUCGCUCACCUUGAGCUGUGCCCCGCAAAGUAAACCAGGGAAAUGUGUUUUACGAUCAAUUAAGGUACAGGAAAAGGACGUCAUAGACGGUGCUACCCGUCCAACAACAGAGAAGACAGUCAUUUUUGAAAACUCCCAGCUUGAAUAUCUUCCGGAAGUGCUGUUCAACAGAUUUCCACAGUUGGAAUCGCUGCACGCCAGUGGAGUUGGUUUAAAGAAGUUUGCACCGGAUGCCUUUUCCAAAUCACCAAACUUGAAGAACUUAGACGUGUCAGCCAAUUUGGUUGGCAUCCUACCGCAAGAUGUGUUCGGAACAUGUCAGAAUCUGGAAGCGAUUGACAUAGCCCAUAAUCGAUUGCAUCUUUUCAAUGCGAUUGAACUGAUUGGAUGCAACAAGCUGCAUCGGUUGAACGUUUCAUCGAACCAAUUGAUUUUCAUCAACUGGGAACCGCUGAAUGAUCUACGCCUCUUGGAACACAUCGAUUUGAGUAACAAUCUGAUCUCGUCCGUCAUGGUUCCAAGGUACGCGAAAAAGAUUGUAGCUCGCAACAAUCACAUCCACAAGCUGGCCACCGAUCCGAAUUCGUUCAUAUUCAUGCUGGAGUAUUUGGAUGCAUCACGAAACCGGUUGAACAACAUCGAGACGCUCGCUCGCUUCGGCAAGAUGACCUACAUCGACCUCUCGUACAACCGGUUGCUGAGCGUGGAUUUUGCAUUGUUUAAAAAUAUGCGUUCGCUGAGGGAAUUAAAUCUUGCUCAUAAUAACAUAUUUGCGGUAUCGACAUCGGACGUGCAGCCCAUCGCACUUAGGCUGGUAGACCUGUCAAAUAACGAACUAACACGCUUAUCAGUCGAUGACACUCGGGGAAUCUCACAGGUUGAGCAGCUCCUUCUGAAUAAUAAUUAUCUGGUGAAAUUCGAAGUUACCAAAGGGCAGAAUCUUUUUCCUAGACUGCAGUCGAUUACGCUGAGCGGUAAUGAUUGGGCCUGUCCGGACAUGGAGGCGAUGUUGGUGGAGUUUGGUUCAAAGAAAGUUACUGUGAAAUCCACUGACGAGAAUUGCGCAACUCACCUGGUGAAGAAGAGAGGGCUGUGUUGUCGAGAUCUGGGUACGUCUUUUGAUGAGCUGGUUUUGUUAGAAUCGCAAAAAUUAUCCGAGAUGCAACAAAGAUCUCCUGUCAGAAUGGAUGUGACAUCGACUAUCAAGCCAAUUAUGGCAGAUCAGAAGCAAGCCCCACGGAUCGAGACCCCUGUGACAGUAUCAUCCAAACAACCAACAAAUCAGUACUCUGGAGAAAUUGAACAGCUUUCGAAAUCUUUGCGGGAAACGAUGAGUCGCCUAGUUGUCGUGGAAGCCGAUCUCAAAACUUCAAAUAGCGAAAAAUCCACUUUGAAAACUUCUCUUGACAGAGCUCAGGCUGAAGUCAAAGCUCUGAACGAGAAGCUGGCACGCUGCAAAUCCACUGUUAAUCAACGCACCGGGCAAACAGUGCUCAUCGAUUAGUGAACUUAAGGGUGAAAUGUUCUCGAAACUCAAGAGGCGAAUCACAUUAAACCAUUGCUACAAAA